AUGGCUUCUCGCAUGAAUCCAUCGACUUGGUGGCUGGCGACUUCUAAGCCCCCUUCUAGAAGCAUUUUACUCACCGAGGACCGCCUCUCACUCGAUCAGACAUCCAAGUUGGUGGGGAAACCCUAG